AUGCACAAGCAAAACAUGAGCACUUCUCUGAGUGUCCGUUUUGCUAUUCUCUUCUUCUUGUCUGAAAUUGUAGGAUUAGGCUUGUGUGGGAAUUUAACAGUGGCAUGCUUAGAAAAAGAGAGGCAAGCUCUUCUCAAGUUCAAAGCGACCCUCACCGAUCCAUCAGACAGGCUUUCUUCUUGGAAUUCCAACGAUUGCUGCCAUUGGAAUGCUGUGACCUGUGACAGUGUUACCGGUCACCUUCUCAAGCUCGAUCUAAGGAAUCCAUGUUACAGCUCAACGGACGCAAUUUGUGACUAUAGCCAACAAUCUGUUGCAGCUUCACAAAUUGAUCAAUCUCUCAUGCAAUUGGAACGCUUGAGUUACUUGGACUUGAGUGGAAACCAAUUUCAUGCUGCUCCAGUUCCUCUUUUCUUUGCUUCUCUGCAUCAGCUAAGAAAUCUUUCUCUCUCCAACGCUAAUUUUAGCGGGAAGAUUCCUUAUAAUCUUGGCAAUCUCACGAACCUACUCCAUCUUGAUCUCAGCGUCAAUGGUUUCCAACUCACUGACAUGAACUGGGUUUCUGGGCUUCGGUCACUGCAAAGCCUUGACAUGCAUGGUGUAGACCUUGGGAAAGCACAUGAUUUAUUCCAGGUAUUUUACAAGCUUCCUUCCUUAUCAAGUUUGAAUUUAGCGGAGUGUGAAAUUCACUCCUUGAUUCCUCCUCUUCACUCUCUGAAUUUGACCUAUAUUCCAAGGAUUCAAGUUCUUGAUCUCACUUACAAUUCACUUGAAAGUCGCAGUCUUGAUGUUCUCCAAAACAUGACUUCUCUUAGAGUCCUUGCCCUUCCUUUCAACAAUCUAAGUUCGUUGCCAUUGUGGCUCGGUAAAUUUGAUAAGCUUGAGGAACUCUAUGUUGCUUAUAAUGGACUUACAGGUCCGCUUCCUCUUGCUCUCCAAAACUUGUCUUCCAUGAGAGUCCUUGACCUUUCUUCCAACAAUCUCACAAGUUCUGUUCCGUCAUGGUUAGCUGAGCUAACAAACCUUCGCCAGCUAAUUCUUUCCUCAAAUAAUUUCACUUCUUUAGAAUCUUCUCUAUCUUUGAUUCUGAAGAACAUGUGCCGUUUGAAAAGAUUAGAUUUUUCAACCAACAAUUUCCAUGGAAAAGCAUUUGGAAGCUUUGAAUCUGGAUGUGUCAAGCAUGAUCUUGAGCAGCUUGACUUGAGCUCUAAUAAAUUUGAGGACUAUUUACCGAGCUGGUUGGGGAACUUGAAAAUCUAA